GGGAGCGGGGCAGCGCGGUGCCGAGCGGGCCUGGUGCGGGGCGGUCGGACCGGGGUGGGCUGGCGGCAGAGCGGGGCCGGGGCUGAAGCCGCGCGGGCGCCAUGCCGGAGCUGGCGGUGGACCGUGUGGUGGUGCACCCGCUGGUGCUGCUCAGCGUCGUCGAUCACUUCAACAGAAUAGGAAAAGUUGGAAAUCAGAAACGAGUCGUCGGCGUGCUGCUGGGCUCCUGGCAGAAAAAAAUACUAGAUGUGUCCAACAGUUUUGCAGUACCUUUUGAUGAGGAUGACAAGGAUGAUACUGUGUGGUUUCUAGACCAUGACUAUCUGGAGAAUAUGUAUGGAAUGUUUAAGAAGGUCAACGCUAGAGAAAGAAUAGUUGGUUGGUACCACACAGGCCCUAAACUGCACAAGAACGACAUCGCCAUCAACGAACUGAUGAAGAGAUACUGUCCUAACUCUGUGUUGGUGAUUAUUGAUGUGAAGCCAAAGGACCUGGGGCUGCCCACAGAAGCUUAUAUUUCAGUUGAAGAAGUUCACGAUGAUGGCACUCCCACCUCCAAGACCUUCGAGCACGUGACGAGCGAGAUCGGAGCAGAGGAGGCAGAGGAGGUCGGCGUGGAACACUUGCUCAGAGAUAUCAAGGACACCACAGUGGGCACUCUGUCCCAGCGGAUCACAAAUCAGGUCCAUGGCUUGAAGGGACUGAACUCCAAGCUUCUGGACAUCAGGAGCUACCUGGAGAAAGUAGCCAUGGGCAAACUCCCCAUCAAUCACCAGAUCAUCUACCACCUCCAGGAUGUCUUCAACCUGCUACCAGAUGUCAACCUGCAAGAAUUUGUCAAGGCCUUUUACCUGAAGACCAAUGACCAGAUGGUGGUAGUUUAUCUGGCUUCACUUAUCCGUUCCGUGGUUGCCCUGCACAACCUCAUUAACAACAAGAUUGCCAACAGGGAUGCAGAGAAGAAGGAAGGACAGGAAAAAGAAGAAAGUAAAAAGGAGAGAAAAGAUGAGAAGGAGAAAGACAAGGAGAAGAGUGAUGUCAAGAAAGAGGAGAAAAAGGAGAAAAAGUAAAAUGUAGGUUUUUUAUUUGUAAAUUAAAAAUCUUGUAAACUAAA